UUGCCUUUUUCAUUCGUCUCUUGAAUUCUGAACGCAACGGUUCGCCUCCGCUCCAAAACGGCAGAAGGCACUCGAAAAGCGCCAGUGCAAAGUUAACUAAAGUGCAAAAAUACACAAAACUGAGAUUUAACCAAGUGAUAGGUCAGAAAGCAGCAGAAACAAACAAACACAGACUUUUAAAGACUCUUCGCAAAAAGAGAGUGCAGUUGAAAGUGCAAUGGACAUGGAUACCUUGCUACCUUCACCACCCGCAACGCCCCCGCUGAGGGAUAAUAAGUUGGAAAACGUCGCUAAGGACGAGCAACAAUUAAACGAGAACCUGCUAAAGGCCAAACUCAAGUUAGUGGCCCAAAAGAACCAAAAGAAUGGAGGGAUUAUCACACCCAACCCGUCGGACACGGAAGACGAGACUCCGGAAAUGGCGGUCCCCAAUAAGAAACCCCGCCUGGAGCAGCCUGCGACGACCAUGACACCUCCACCGGAUCAGAAGCUGGAUGAUGAGCACAAGGCCGAGAGGGUUAGCGUCAUCAUGAGGGUCAACAGCUCGGGGGCCGUCUCUUCCAGUAACCAAGACGAGAACUCAUCCAGUUCCAGCACCAGCUCCUGCUCCAGUUCCUCUUCAAACUCAACCAUCAGUACAAUUUCGGUCCCACCUACUGUGGAGGACGACUAUCCAGAAGCCAAUGUGUGGCGCAAUCUCAAGUUCAAGAUGAACAGGAAGCGGGCUGCGGAAGUGGCCCUUACCCCAGUACAAAAACCCGAGACACCGGCUCCAGAGCUUCCAGCUCCAUCUGCUCCAGCGGAAAAGGCCCAGGAGGAGGCUGAAAUUAAACCAAUUAUGACUCCUAUUUAUGUUGCUCCAGUAGCUCCUCCAGCUAGCCAGCUCAUUCUGCUCAGCACAGUUGCUGCGCAACAGAGUCCCACGCCCAUACCCACAGUGCCAUCGAUGCCCGACGAAAAACACACCACCAGAAUCACGGCAGCUCAGGCGGCGGCCACAAGAAGUCGCAUCUACGAAUGUAGUUUCCCCGAAUGUGGCAAGAACUACUUUAAGAGCAGUCACCUGAAGGCCCACCAAAGGGUUCAUACGGGCGAACGACCCUUCAUCUGCAAGUGGGACAACUGCGACAAGAGAUUUUCGCGAUCCGAUGAGUUGUCUCGACACAAGCGGACCCACACCGGCGAAAAGAAGUUCCAGUGCAGCGUGUGCCAGAAGAAAUUCAUGAGGAGCGAUCACCUGUCCAAGCACGUUAAGCGCCAUAACAAGGACAAGGCGAACGGGGUCAACCGUCAUGUCUCCUUGACGAACAACAGCUCCUCCUCGUCUGCAGCUGCUUCCGUCUGCGAUGCCACGUUCCAUUUGCGGGCGAUAGCGCCGGCUGCCUCCAGUGCCAGCUCCUCGUCCGGCUCCUCCACCAGUUUGCAAGUCUACAGCGCCCAGGAUCUGCUUAGGCUACAGCAGCAGGCCAGUUUUAGCUUCGGCGGAACCCUGAUCCAAGUGCAGCGAUGAUAAAAGCGGGAGGAAAUGCAGCACCAGAACUAAUCUCAGCCCGACAGUAUCGCCAGCUAAAUGUGGAAAAACUUCUACAAAAAUCAGGCAAAUACAGAAAAGAUUUAUACCCGAGUCGAUUUUGGAAAGCCUAUUUUUAAAAGUUUUUGUAAAGAUUUAUAAAAUCUUUUGUUAAGACAACACUUAAAGAUCGAAUUUUCCCGCAUCGAGAAUGUUCUAUCAAACCUUAAAAUUCAGAAUUUUAUUUUGAGUUUUUCACAUUAUCUAGCUGGUGUAGACUUAAGCUUAGUUAAGAGCUAGAUCUUGUCAUCGUUUUGUGCAUAUAUCAACUUCAAAUUCAAUAAGAUUCGCAUCUGUUAAACACAAAUCGAAUGGAUGCGAUCCAAGCUACUUUCUUUCCAAGAGCACAGAGCACACGUCCUAGCUUAGCGAUCUUCUUUAAUUCAGAUUUAAAUUUUGAAUUCCCCUAGUGCUUGUACAUAUUAUAAAGUGGCGCAUUCGGCGUCCAACAUCUGUGAUAUUUAAGUUUUCUUAACUCUUUUCUAUUAUACCAUAGUUAUUGGUCUAAUUCUCUUAAACUUAAACACACACAAACAAUUGUAUUUAUUGCUACAUGUGGAAAAUAAGAGAAGAAAAACAAAAAAGAAAUAGUGGAUCUUCACACGAUCCCAAUCUCAACAAAAGAAAAUAUAAAUAUACAUAUUUUCCAAAUAAUCCUAAA